UAUGAGAUGAAUGUACUUCGUUCAAGUAACUACUUCGCCCUGUGAAGAUGUCCCGGUAAUUAUUUAUGGUCCCAGUAGGAAAUGGCGUUGUCUGGAGAAUUGUUGAGAAGACUUGAUCAAGAAGUGGAACCUUUACCAAAGCGACUUCGGUUGGCAUUGGCUGCAUUUGAAUCAAAUGAUUUACCAGUUCAGCGAAAAGAGGAGCUAAUUUUGAACUGGUUGUGUGAAUAUGGAGAAAAGAAUAGAAAUGCAGAGGAUAUUUGGUCUGUUCUCAAGGCCUGUUUUAACAGCAGUCACAUGAAGAAACUGAGUGGUGCUAACAUCAGACCACCUGUCAAAUAUUAUGUUUCUCAGAUUUUGUGUGAACUUCUGAAAUCAGAAAACAUAUGCAAGAAUUCAAAGUGUGUCGUUCUUGAGUGUGCGGUUUGUGUGCUAGAGAACACAAAUUUCCAGCACUUCUUCAAAAGGCAGCUAGAACAGUUAUUUGAUUACAUCAGUCUCAUAUUAAAUGUUAUUAAUGAAGAAAAUGUUGACUGUUAUACAAGAAUCCUGCAAACCAUCUGUGUCUUUAACAAACAAGUUUUUCAAAAAGAACUCUUUUCAGUUUUAUUCAUUCAGAAGACUUUACAACCUAUAAUUAAAGUUCUUGAAUUUAUACCCAGUUGCCAUGUGACAGAUUCAGCUGCAAGUCAUGUCAGAUUUGAAAUAUUUAAGUGUGUACAACAAGUUCUGUUUCCUAAGUCACGUUCUAGAGAAAUGUCUUUGGCAUUAAUGUCUCUUUUUGUAGGAAAUGCUGACAAUCAUAGUGCUGUUCUAAAGACCCUUUUCGAGUGUCUUUCAUCAGCAGUAGUUAACAGUGAAUCAGAUGUAACUGUUAACUUAUUUUCUAUUGUACUUCAAGCAUUUGUGUCAAGUUAUAAAGGAGAUACAGUUUGUGUGCACAGGAUGUUUAUAACUUUGUGUUAUUUUGUCGGAUUCAAACCUGAAGUUAAAUUCAAUUCAGAUGAUAAUUAUCAGAGUUUAUUGAAACACAAGAAAUUUAAGAAACUGUUUCCUGAAUGCCAUAUCAAGAAAGCUGUAGAAGUAAAUGGUACGUCAUUGAAAGUGACAAAAAAUCUUCUUGUUAUCUUGUCAGAUGCCAAUAUUCCACUGAAUGAUAGUGAUGAGGUACCAUUUGAAGAAUGGCUACAAGCAUUAAUACCAGCUGUGUUUUCUUCUACUUCAGAAGAUUCCAUUUCUGUAGUUAUACUAGAAGUGAUGUGUGCAUUCAUACAUUUGAAACCUCUGAUCUUUGAACCAAAAACAAGUGAGAUUUUGGAACAUGUGAUGUUAGCAAAGAAACAAACCAAAGAAAUAAAAGUGGCAUAUGUCACUUUCUUCUGUGAUACUCUGAAGAUGUUUGUAAAACUUAGUCGACUGCAGAAAUUUGUGGCAAAGCUGUUAAAUCUUGGAACAACGCUCGGUGUAAGAGAAGUUAAGAAACUACCAGCAUUACCUGAUAUAUUGCCAUCAGAGUUCUGCACUGAGUUCCAGAUUGCCGUAGGGUUGCUGCCCGGUGGUCAGACUGUCGAACUCAUGCGGACACUAAUGUUUCACCUGAACCAGGACUGUGUGGCAGUUCUUGAGAAACAACAAGGUGAUUGUCCUCUGUUGAUCGUGCAAAUUAUCAGCAAACUCAUGUGUCACUUUCUCCGUGGAACUCGGGUGGCUGAUCAUUCUGUACCAGCUCAGGUGGCUUCAAAGUUCAGCAACUUGAUGACAGGACUGCAGGAUUUGCUUGGAAAGCUAGGACAAGCAUUACUACAUAGAGAACAUAAUUGCCUGCUGAUGGUAGCAUUUCUUCAGCUGUGCUAUAACUGGGGAGAACUGAGAAUACUGUCGAUACGCUACAGUGUCAGGCUUGAGUCUGAUAUGAAUUUGCAGUUGGCAGCAUUGCAGGAGGAUAUCAGUGCAACCAACUUAUCUUACCUGCACCCUUAUUUGUGCAGUGAAUUAUGGAACCUUGUUGCGCAGAGAAUCAGCAACUUUGGUGAAGCUGACUGCAAGGAGUUGCUGGUGAAGCUGAUUUUACAGAAACUACGAGCUGUGUUCUUGUAUGUGGACAGUAAAAAGACAAGACAUGAUACUGCAUUGUCUACUGCAAGGCAUUUGGUGUCACACAUCAGGGAUUCAUGGCCCAUUAUACUAACAGGAACAAAUGCAUUGCUGGUGGUGCCAUUUAUGAACCCAGAGCAGCUUGAGUGCUUAGCAAAUCAUAUUGUGCAAGAGAUAAGUAGCAACUCUGAAACCAGUUCAGAAUUGUUGGAUGCAUUGAAAAAUUCAAGUGUUCAAGAAAACAGACUCUUCAUUUCAGCAUUUACUUGUGCAGCAUUGAAGGGCAUCAUGAAGCUGUUUUCUGGCACUAAGAGGAAACGUGACAGCCUCGGCCAUCAGGUUGGCCCCCUCUCAGUAGCUAGAGAAGUGUUGGCUAAGAUAGAUCCAUUUCAGAUUUUCUCAUGUUUGUCCAAGAAUGACCCAGAAGCACUGACUCCUGUUUUGACAGACAUGGCUAACAUUGUAAAUGAGGCUUUUCAAAAAGAGAAGGAAAUUUCAGUUGCAAAUGGAUGGAAGCUUGAUAUGGCAGCUUUGCAGAGGUACCUGCAUAUUCUGAAGCUGCUACCUCUACAGCACACACCAAGCACUUUGAAAUCAGUAGUAGUUGUCAGUGUUAUUGCGUUGGUCAUUACAUUAGAGGGGUCAGAUGUGUCAAGAGAAGAAGAACAAUUUUCCAAUGUCAGAAGUUUAUUAUUCAGAAAUCUUCUUUUAGGUAUUUUGGACAGCCCUGGGCCACCUGAUAUCUGUAGUUAUCUCAAUAUGGGAUGGCUUACAUGCUGGAUGAUGAGUGUGGACCUGCCACUAUCCAGAGAUAUGCUCUGUCUCCUGUUCCAGCGGUUGUUUGAGUCAUGUUUAAGUCAUAGUUCCGCCUUGCCCCAGCUACAGGAUGCUCUUCCUAUCCUACAGAAGCAGUCAAGCAAUCAUUUUCUAGAUGUGAAGGCUUUGGAGCCAUCUGUUACCCUCCUGAAAGUUGUGACUAAGUGCCCAAACGAGCAUGAGAACUCGGAUGACCACUCACUAUGCCUGAAGUACCAACGCAGACUUUCACGAGGCAUUAUCAAGAUAAUACAGGAUUUGAAUGGUGCAAUUGGUUGUCCAGUUGUCUCUGAUGGAUUCAACCUAGUGUUGAUUCAGUGCCUCAAGGAAGGAGAUGCCAAGCAGCUGGAGAAGCUCACUCCUCAUCUUGGUACAGUUAUUAACACUUGUCUGUCUCAAGUACAAAGCAAGGACAUUCCUGCAGAAUCAUAUCCCAUCAAGAGUUCAUUGGACAUCCUGGCCACUUUGCUGCAGUAUAAGGCCCAGCUUCAAACAGUGUUGCCACCAGACUUUAUUUGCAGGAUAUGGGCUGAAUUGGCAAGCCUGGACAUGUCUGAUUGUAUUGGCUCAUUGUGUAGUUCUGAAUACAUGCAGCUUGUGUUUGAAGCUGCAACAGAGAAGGAGUUGUAUCCUAUUUUACAGGACUUAAAAGCCGUCACUAAAUCUGCGAUUCAGUCUCCAGUAAAGCCUCAGCUCCUGAAAGCAAGAUUGUCGAUAUGGAAAUCUGUUAUCCAGAGCAAAUUUAGUGAUGGCAGGAACAAUGCCAGGAAGAUGGCACUGGAGCAGCUGUGUCAUAUGCUGAUUGUGUUUGUUAAUCAGUGGGGCAUGACAAAUGCCACUUGUGUGGAGAACGGCAUAUUACCAGUUCUUGAACUUUUAUUGGCCAUCACACAAAAUUCUAUACUCUUCAUGUCUCCAGAGAUUCUGGAUCUUUGUUUUGAGAGUGUCGGCACUGCACUGACAAUCAAUUCGCCCGAGACGCUGUCCAUCUGCUUUGUGUCAUUACGGCUGCUGCAGACACUGAUGAAGUCUCGCGAAUCUUUGGUGCUGGAUCGCAUCCCUUCGCUCCUUCAGUGUUAUCGACAGGUAGCAACAACAGUUGCUGCUCAUGGUCAUGUUGACCUGAAGUAUUCUCCUGCAGAGGUUAAACAAUGUGCAGUCUGUGCUCACAGGCUGGAAAGAUUGACAAAUGUGUUCAAGGAAUAUAAACCACAUUUCGCGAGAGUCGCAGCGUACAUAGUGGCUGAUUUCCUGCAAAACUUCGAGACAUACACACUCUAUCCUGAAGUCAAGAUCCACUACUCAAACUGUAUACACAGUUUGCUGAGCAUAUGCGACUCCCACGCCAUCCUCUUCCUGUCUCGCACUCUGACGCCAGCAUCGCAGCUGCUGCUGAAAACAUUCUACGACACCUAUAAGAAGUUUCAUCGCUUUACCGGCAAAGUAUAAUGUGAUGGAGUCACGUAAUAUUUAAAGAUUUUAUGGACUCUGAUUUCUAUUUAGAACAUGUUUAUGUGGAAGGGUUUUAUUUUAAAUUUUAUACAUGUAUAUUUUCCAGAAUAAAUGUUUAUUUAACGGA